AUGGAUCAAGAACCCGGGUUCAUCGCUGCUGUCGAAGAGGCCAAACAAGGCGCGGCGGAGGGUGGCGUCCCCAUUGGAGCUGCCCUGGUCUCCAAGGACGGCAAGAUCCUGGGCCGCGGUCACAAUAUGCGCGUGCAGAAGGGGAGCGCUGUGCUACAUGCCGAGAUGUCGGCUCUCGAGGAUUCCGGCCGUCUCCCGGCCUCGGCUUACGAGGGAGCUACGAUGUACACCACUCUGUCCCCAUGUGACAUGUGUACCGGUGCAUGUAUUCUCUAUAAGAUCAAACGCGUGGUCAUUGGCGAGAAUGAGAACUUCGUGGGCGGAGAGGACCUGCUACUCAACAAGGGCAAAGAAGUUGUCGUACUGGAUAAUCAAGAGUGCAAGAACCUCAUGUCCACCUUCAUGAAGGAGAAGCCGGAGCUUUGGUUCGUAAUUCCAGUUGAUUUUCAUUAUUUGAUCGAAACUAACCGAAAUCCCCUGUGA